AUGGCGAGCGGGUGGAGUCUCAUCAUCGGCCUGAUUAUUAUCGUGGUUGCAUCGGUGCUGGCAUGGAUCUUCAGCCCCAAGGGCGAUAACCAGACUCUCUGGCGGAGCACGCUGAUCCUGUCGUUCGUGUCUUGUUAUCUGAUGUGGGCUAUUACGUUCAUGGCGCAGUGGCACCCCCUUAUCGUGCCUAAGAGAUCGGAUAUCCGGCCUGGUCAUGUGCCCGAGUAG